AUGAUCAAUGAUCGAACAGAGAAGAAGUUUGCGGCUUCUAUAUUCAAGUUCUUGAUAAAGGUGGAGAAGAAAUUUGGGAAGAAACUGUCCGUCAAAAUUUGGCAACAGAACAAGUCAUCAUGUGUUGUCUUCACAGACAGUGAGAGGCUGAUUGGCGAUGCAGCAAAGAACCAGAUUGCUAUGAAUGUGAAGAAUACAUUCUUUGAUGCAAAGAGACUGAUUGGAAGACGCUUCAGUGAUCCAACAAUUCAAGAGGAUAUGAAGCACUGGUUGUUCACUGUGGUCAACAAUGGCAAUGACAAGCCAUUGAUUCAGGUGGAGUAA